GUAUGAAAGAGAAUUAAAAAGAAAUGCAAAAAGAAAUGUAAAAGAAAUAGUUAGAGAUGAUGUUAAAAUAAAGAUAAACUUAAUUGGCUAUGUAAUUUGCUUCAGGCAAAGAAUUUUUUAAUUGGUUUGCUUCAUUUUAUGCUCUAAUAUUUCCAUUAUGUAUCUUAGGGGCAUUAAAAAAGAAGGUAAAGAAGAUCAUAAUUUUAGUUAGAGUCCAUUCCCCAUUAUUCCAUUGAUUCCUUUAGGUUUUGUAUGUGGUUAUUAGUAUGAUAUGUAUUAUGGGUAAAUAAUAAAAAUAUUGAAGUGAUAAAAUGAAGAGAAUAAGAUUGGAAGCAGAAAGAUUAAUAGAUAGUGAGCCUUAAUUAUUCUACUUUCCUAAGAAUGCCCAUAUUGUAUCAUAAGAAGAAUAUGAAGAAAUUUUGGGAAUAAAUAAAAACAAAAAAUGA